UGUGUUGGUAGUGGUGGUGGUUGCACUCUGUACCCACCUCUCUCCCGCUCCUCACACUACCCACCAACCCAUUCAUACGGUGAAUAAAUCGAUGAUGAAUCUAUGCACAAACACUCUAUCGACCUGUGUAAAAUGCUAUGCGCUAUUUCGCUAGUGAUAGCCCGCUGGAACCACUAUGAUAGAAAUACUUUUAAAGUUCGGAAAGUUAGUUUAAGAACCACCGUGUUGAAAUUAAUAUUUGCGAAUAAGAAACACACUUAAGAGAAGAAUAUAAAUUUGAUGCGUUUUGGAUAAUAAAGUGUUUUAAGUAGUAGGAGUGACUGGGGAACACUGAUAACUUAAAUACUUAAUUAAACACUCGAAAUUGUAGUGAUGUCCUCUUUCUCAGCUUCUAAAGUCGUACGUGGGAAAAUAGAGCUAAAUGUACGUGAAAUCAGUGAGCUGAAUGCUUGUGUGAGGUUAAAGACACAACUUGCAAGAUGUGUUGAGAGUACGUUUCGCUCUUGGUUAGCCUUCAUCAAGUGUAGAGGAUAUUUUUUUUUGCACAUGUUCACUGGGAGAAAGUGAGAGAAGGAAGAACAAUUAAAACUUGUGUGUGGUGUUGAGGAUGCUGGUAGUGGAGCAUUAAGUCUACCGCGGUGCCUCACUGCCACCACCUGACACACCAUUCUUCCUUGUUCUUAACUUACUCGCCGUCAGUUUGUGUUCAAAAAUAAUCCUCUGACUGACUUGAUAAUGAACUACACUGAGCGAAACGUCGUUCCAAUAAAAGCUUGUUGUGUAGAUUGUGUCUUUAUCCCCAUACGUGUGGGCGUAACGUCUCUACCUGCAGGAUGCUUGUGACGCUCUGAGACCAGGUAGCCGGGGUGAUGAUACCUAGAACAAUUAACUUGUAUAAAAAGAUAUAUAAGAGUAGGUGCAUCAAGUGGCACGUCAGGGCAUGAAUUGAAGACAGCGGCACCAUGGGAGAGCCAACAGCAGGGAGACUUCUGGCACUGCUGCUCCUGAUGCUGUCAUGUCCCUACUCACUUCUAACCAUAAGUGUUGCUCCUGAAGAUGAGAAGACGCCGAAGGAAGAGUGGUGGGGGGAGACACCAGCCCUGCAGCCUCAGUUCGAGAACACCCCUUCCAAUAUUACUGCCAAAGUGGGCGAAUCUGCCUUGCUGCCCUGCACAGUCUCUAAUCUGGGAGAUAAAUCGGUGACGUGGAUGAGACAGAGAGAUCUUCAUAUCCUCACCGCUGGCAUCUUCACUUACUCCGCUGAUGACCGCUUCACCGUGGUGCAUGCCGAGGACUCCAAGGAGUGGACGCUGCAGGUGAAGUUCGCCAUGCUGAGGGACUCUGGAGUGUAUGAGUGUCACGUCAACUCGGACCCCAAGAUCAGUCGUCAGGUGGUUCUCCGUGUUAGAGAACACAGUCAACUUGACGACCCAGCCUUGAGAGGCCUACCCACCACUACUACAAUUCCCACACCACAGGUGCUGAUCGAAGGGCCUGCUGAGCGACACAUCCAGGCAGGCAGCGUGCUGACUAUCACAUGUAUCAUCCACCAUCCGCCCCGUCAGCCUCCAGCCCACGUCCUCUGGUUCCACGGGGCCACCAAUAUUGACUACGACUCCCCACGGGGCGGUGUCUCCAUCCAGACUGAGAAAUUCCCCCACAAAACCAGGAGUCAGGUAAUGCUGUCUAAUGUGAGGGAUUCGGACACCGGAGAGUACAGUUGCAGUCCCUCUGACCUGCCACCCACUGUCAUCACCGUCCAUGUUCAACACGGUCAACACCAGGCAGCCGUGCAACAGGGAGGACUCAGCUCUGCACCCGUUGCAAACCCCGUCACCCACCUCCUUCUCUUGUUGCUGUUGAUGAUGUUGCAGCGCGUCAAGACCUGGCAGUGAAGAACAAUGAUGUCACCACCACCACAGCGAGGACUGACUUCAGUGGGGAGCUCACACUACCAACAUUCCCACCACAACAGAGACAUCAGUGUAAAUGCUGAACUCACUCGUCAACUCACUGAAGUAUUUCUAAUGUUAUGGUUGUGAGAACAAGACUUAUUUGAGAACAUUAUUAAUCAGGGUGGUUUUACAUCCUGAGUAAGUGAACAAGAGUUUAUAUAGAAAAUCCCAGAGGCUUUGCUAUAUUUAAGAAAGUGUGGCAACCUGUGUGUUUUGACCAGUUCAGUUGCCACUAUACAGGACAUAAGUGCUUACAACACUAACCCAUCAGACAAUACUAACAAGGUGCUAUCAGUCACAAGUGACAGACUGGGUUCUGAUUGUUAAAAGCUGUGAUUAUGUACUUAAAAAGGAACCGGCCAGCAGGCGACAUGGUACUGGCUAGUGAUAUGUUUGAAGCAUCUGACAAUCUGCGUAAUCUGCUUUGCAAUCUGGUGCCUCUUUUCUGCAUCUGCUAGCAACUCCACUUCGGCAGUACCUGGUCUACUUGACUGCCGAAGACCAUAGGCCUCGCAGAAAGGCCUCCUGGUUGCCAGCCUGAUCCUCCUGGGAUCAGAAAAAAAACAAGCGAUAUGAAAGUAAAUAAAACAGUUUAUUAUUUUAAAACUGUCCAGAAUGUGUUGUUGCUCUAAGAUUAGUUUGUAUCAGAAAGUUAUAUACUGUAUCUGGUUCACUGUGAAAGACGAACAUUUUGAACUCUUAAAAAGAUGUUCCAAUAUUUCGCCCACGAAUAAUCAGUGUAUUCAUAAAUUUCUAGACAUGGCCAUUUCUAGAAAUUAAUUGCAGUAUGUUUCGAACCUUGAAUCUUUUCAUUAUCUGUUUUCGACUUGUUUUCACGUUUUGUAAAAUAUAUAAUUUUUGCUUUUCAUAUUGUUAGUGUAUCUCAAACAAUAUAGAAAAUUAGUUUGUGUACGAGAUGUGAUUCAGAAUCACCCCUAACUACCUAAAGCUCAUGCAGUAUUUUGUGUAUAGAAGAAUGUUUGAAUGUUAACUGAAUGUUUAGUAACUAGAAGGACCGAGGCAGCCACUAGAAUGGUUCUAGUAAAUCACUAAGCUGAAGGGAGGAGAGUCAACCACAACACUGACUCCAAGUAUAUCUCUGAGACAUUGCGAGUUGAUUAGAAUCUCAGUCAAUUGAUCAACUCCUCCACAAUUUGGAGAAGAAAGUUAAGACACGACGUUUAGAUCCGUCCUGGUUCAGGAAUGAUCGAAACGUUAGAAACUUUUCCCCCGGACUGGGUUAGUUGUGAAUUGUUCCAGCCGCUGUAUCGAUGUGGCCCCCUCACUCGUGGUGACUUUCCCGUUAUAACAAAUGCAAGUGUUAGCAAGCAGUGACAUUUUGUAUUUUGGUGUUGAUUUACAGGUCAUUUGAGGCAACUCAAAGUUAAAUGUGGAUAAAGUGAACAAAUAUAUACAUAUAUUUAUUCAUUUACAUAUUUUGUUUCACAUAAUCCGGCAAAUAAAAUUAUCCACAAUUAUAUAUAUGUACGUGGUAACCAAACAAAGACGUCCUUGUCGAGUAAAAACAGCAUAUGAUAAAAGACAAGAAACUCGUACCAUAGCAUGCUAUCUAUUUUUUUAACAAAAUUGGAUAUAUCAGCAGUGUGCUGCUACUCUGUACUAUAUAAACAUGACAGAGUGGGAACAAAAGCUAGGUAGGUUUCCCUCUCAUAUUUCAUCAAGCAGGAUGGGGCUCAUACAAGGUAUUGAAAUGUGUCAGGCUGAGCCGGGAGACUUCGGCAGGACAAUAAGGAUAUCAUCAAGCAUUCCAGCAAGCGUACGUCAGCUGUUAGAAUUUCAUGGUGCAGGUGGUGGCAGGUAGGUAGUGACUACAUGUACAGCAGGUGGUGGCAGGUAGGUAGUGACUCCAUGUACAGCAGGUGGUGGCAGGUAGGUACUGACUACAUGUACCGCAGGUGGUAGCUAGCAGGUAGUGACCACAUGUACCGCAGGUGGUGGCUGGCAGGUACUGACUACAUGUACCGCAGGCAGAUAUCAACUACUUGCUACCACAUGUGGAGGCAGGCAGGCACUGAAGCCAGGCAGGUACAGAAACCAGGCAGGCAGAGAUGCCAGGCAGAUACUGAAGCCAGGCAGGUAGAGAAGCCAGUCAGAUGCAGAAGCCAGACAGGAACUACCCACACGUUACA